ACAGCAAACAAAGGAGAAGCUGGGAAAUCGGUGACUCCUCAGCCCCAAAAGAAUCGACCAGUGACAGUGCAUUUCAGAUGUGCCCCGAAUACAAUGGAAAUCGCCAGUUUCCUGCGUCAGAACGGAAACAAGGAUGAGACUCAUGUUUCUGUGGCCAUGGCUUACAUGUUGUGUCAGUCGGGCCUCGGGUCCAGUUACACCCGAUCCAUCGGGUAUGUCAUGUGUGGCAUGCACCCUUACUUUGUGGUGGGUGCACAAGACGUGGCUGAGAGCAAAGUGGAAGCUACACUGGAAGUCAUUCGGAAAACGCUGGACAAAGCAGCAAAAAACGGCUUUGGAAAAAGUCGGGUAACCGACUCGUUUGACAAUUUUUGCCUGAAAAUUCUGGCUCAAUUGUUGACCGGGGGCCCGAAUUCCCCGUUCCAUCAAUCACUGAUUGAGUCGGGCCUCGGGUCCAGUUACACCCGAUCCAUCGGGUAUGUCAUGUGUGGCAUGCACCCUUACUUUGUGGUGGGUGCACAAGACGUGGCUGAGAGCAAAGUGGAAGCUACACUGGAAGUCAUUCGGAAAACGCUGGACAAAGCAGCAAAAAACGGCUUUGGCAAAAGUCGGGUCAAUGCAAUUUUACACGGGAUCGAGUUGGACCUGAAGCACCAAGACACUGGCUUUGGACUGAAGAUUUUGAAUCAUUUGGUCUUCUUAUGGCACCACCAGGACGACCCGUUGGACGCCUUGCAGAUCAACGCGUUGAUUUCAAAAUUUCGCAAAAUAUAUCAAGAUAAUCCGCGACUCCUUCAGGAUUUUGUGACCAAGUACUUGGUCCGCAGCACGCAUCAUGUCAUUGCCAUUCUCACACCCGACUCCAAGGUGCCUGGAAAACGAGCAGAAUUUGAACGUCGUUUGGUGCAGAAAAAGCAUAAGGAAAUGGACGAAAUUGAGCGUGAACGUUACAUGAUGUUGCUCCGUCACAUGCAUGACAAAGUUGAAGACUUUCGCACGAAAGACACCAGUUCUUUGCCGAUUCUUCAUCUCGGCGAAAUUGAACCGGAUUCGCAAAGCCCAAACCAAUCGUUCCUGCACAAGAAAAUUCAAGGCGUUCCAGUGCAGUAUUCAGUACAACCGACGAACGGACUCACUUAUUUCGCGGCUCUCAUCAACUGCAACGAUUUGCCGGCAGAAUUCCAAGACUACGUGCCAUUAUUUGCGCGUUGCGUCACGAAAUUAGGCGCCGGGGACUGGGAUUUCAAGGCCUUGAGUCGCAGAAUAGACACGCAUACCGGUGGCCUAUCAGGCUUUGAUCACUUGAGAAUCAAUCCCAAGGAUUCUGAGGAAGUGGAGGAAGGAGUAUUGUUCUAUUCCUUCUCCCUGAAUGAGGACGCCGCGGAAAUGUUCAACAUUUUGACAAAAAUCUUCCUGGAGUUCAAUCCGAAUAGCGUGGAACGCAUUCGGUCCUUGCUGAAGCAAGAAGUUUCAUCCUUCAUGAGUUCUCUGGUCCAUCGUGGAAACACAGUUGCCAAAAUCUACGCAUCGAAGACCCUAGGGAUUUCCGGUAGACUCAAAGAGCGCUAUGUGCCUGGAAAACGAGCAGAAUUUGAGCGUCGUUUGGUGCAGAAAAAGCAUAAGGAAAUGGACGAAAUUGAACGUGAACGUUACAUGAUGUUGCUCCGUCACAUGCAUGACAAAGUUGAAGACUUUCGCACGAAAGACACCAGUUCUUUGCCAAUUCUUCAUCUCGGCGAAAUUGAACCGGAUUCCCAAAGCCCAAACCAAUCGUUCCUGCACAAGAAAAUUCAAGGAGUUCCAGUGCAGUAUUCAGUGCAACCGACGAACGGACUCACUUAUUUCGCGGCUCUCAUCAACUGCAACGAUUUGCCGGCAGAAUUCCAAGACUACGUGCCAUUAUUUGCGCGUUGCGUCACGAAAUUAGGCGCCGGGGACUGGGAUUUCAAGGCCUUGAGUCGCAGAAUAGACACGCAUACCGGUGGCCUAUCAGGCUUUGAUCACUUGAGAAUCAAUCCCAAGGAUUCCGAGGAAGUAGAGGAAGGAGUAUUGUUCUAUUCCUUCUCCCUGAAUGAGGACGCCGCGGAAAUGUUCAACAUUUUGACAAAAAUCUUCCUCGAGUUCAAUCCGAAUAGCGUGGAACGCAUUCGGUCCUUGUACUUCGUUCUUCAAAGUUUAUUGGAGACCCAAGAGAGACUUCAAAGUGUUGUAGGCGUGUUCUCGGAAAUGAGUCGCCACAUUUUGUCCAAGAAGCAAAUGCGUUGCUGCCUCAACACAAGUGCGGAUUUCAUGCCAAGUGCCUUGGGGCUGGUGGAAUCCUUCCUGAAAAAAAUUGGCGGAAAAGCCAGGGACUCCUUUGCCAGAUACAAAAAGUCAGCCUCAGGUGGAUUUCAACCCAAGUCACAACGGGUCAAUUUGGUGGUCCCUCUCAACACCAACUUCACUGCCCUCGCGUUUCCAGGGGUUCCACCGGCGCAUGACGAUUACGCAGCGCUGCAAAUCCUCGCCAAAAUUUUGCAGUGGCGCUACUUGAUGCCGGAAAUCCGACUGAAGAACAGCGCUUAUGCAGCAGGUGUGGCACUGAAUGAAAUGCCGAAUGUGUUCUGCUUGUGGUCUUACCGAGACCCCGUUGGUUAUGGCACUUUCAAGGCCUUCAAAAAGGCCAUUUCAUGGGUCACCAAGGAAGCCAGUUUCACGGAUGAAGACAUUCACGAGGCCAAGCUGACUGUUUUUCAGGAAGAAGACCGACCGGUGCCACCGGGGGAAGCGGGUCUCGAUCUGUUCCUGAAGGGCAUGACACCGGAAAUGCGGAGCAAACACCGGAAACAACUGCUCGGAGUGACCAAGAAUGACAUUCUCCGCGUCGCUGACAAGUAUUUACGACAGCGGUUUUUGUGGUCGAGCACAAACAAACCGUUCUUUUAA